GCCCCAAGUUAGCUCAGCUGACGUCAGGGGAAGGCGCCUCUAAGGUGGAGAAUACCCUUACUAAGGAUCAGAGCAGGUUUGAAGCUCUUGCAGAUCAAGGGUCUCGAAGGGCAGAAAAACUUCAUCUUUCACGUCAAAAAUCUAUGGAGCUUAUUGGUGAUCUAGAUGAGCUGUCUGAUUGGUUUAAUGAGGUUGACAAUGAGUUACAGAAUGCUUUGCCACCAAGUGUGGAUCCUGAAACAUUGAAAGAUCAACUGAAGGAACAUAAGAUGCUGAAUGACGAUAUCAUGAUGCAGAAAGGUAAAUCUCGUGACUUGGUCUCCCUGGGUAAGAAACUCCUUCGAGAAUCUUCAACAGAGUUAGAACCAGACAUACGUGAUAAGGUAGAUGAUCUCAAGAAACAGGUAGACUCUGUGUCCAAGCAGAGUGCUGAUAGAUUGAGCGUGCUGGAACAGGCAUUCCCUCUUGCUGGCCACUUCCAAGACACACAUACUGAUCUACUGCAAUGGUUCAAUGAGAUUGAGGGAGAUAUCAGGGCAGCUGAAGGCCCUGCUGUUGGCACAGAUCAGAUCAAACAACAACAAGAUCAUAUAAGGAUGCUGAAACAAGACAUAACUGACCAUAAGCCACUGGUGGACAAACUCAACAAAACAGGCCCUGCACUGCUGAAAUUAGUUGGUGAAGAUGAAGGAGAAAACAUCCAAGAAAUCAUGGAAGCAGACAAUGAGCGUUUUGACACAAUCAAAAACAGCAUCAGAGAGCGUACAAAUGUCUUAGAUGACGCCAUGCAGCAAACAUCAGAAUUUGUAGAAAAGCUAGAAAAUAUUGUAGAAACCCUACAAGAUACUGCCCAAGCUGUUGAAAAGGCUGAGCCUAUAUCUGCCCAUCCUGAUAAGCUGAAGGACCAGUUAGCUGACAACAAGGCUAUCAUUGAAGACCUGGAUAAGCGCCUAGCAGCCCUUGAGACUGUCCAAGCCUCUGCAGAACAACUAGUAGGAGAGGCAGAAGGUUUAGAAGAUGAAGCAGCUGGAGAUUUGAAGAACAAAGUUGGCGACCUUGUUGACAUGUACAAGAACCUGAAGAAGGCCACUGAGGACAGGAACAAGGCACUGGAGAUGACACUGGAUACCUCUGAGAAGUUCUGGGAUGAGCUGAAGGAUGUUGAGACAGCUAUAAAGGACUUGGAGGAUGGCAUCAGAACUCAAGAGCAGCCAGGUGUACAACCAGAAGUCAUCAAAGAACAACAGGAGAUCCUAGAUGCAAUGCGAGAAGAGAUUGAGGCCUCUAAGGGUGGUGUAGAUGACAUUGCACACACUGGUGAUACUCUUAUGGGACUCAUUGGUGAACCUGAUAGGCCAGAGGUGAAAAAGAACAUUGAUGAUACUGAGGCAAAUUGGGAAGCACUUUAUAAACAAUGGGAGGACCGUCAAGCUGUCCUGGAUGAUGCCUUGAGAAGUUCACAGAAAUUCCACGAUGAGCUAAUACAAAUCCUGGCAUGGCUUCAAGAACAAGAGUCCAGCUUAUCAGACCUUGGUACAAUAGGGGUAGAUACAGACACAGUAAAACAACAGCUUGAAGAUGUGAAAACAUUCAAAGCUAUGGUGGACCCCAAGAAUGCAGACAUUGAAUCUCUCAACCAGCAAGGCCAUGAUCUUGUCAAGGAUGCAUCAAGUGACCAGGCAAGCAUCAUUAAAGAGCCUCUUGUUGAGGUUAACAAUAGGUGGCAGGAGCUGCAAGAUGGAAUUGCAGCCAGGAAUUCCAAACUGCAGAAUGCUCUAUUGAGCUUGGGACAAUUCCAGCAUGCCCUUAAUGAACUCCUUAACUGGCUAUCAAGAGCUGAGAGUACAUUGGAUGACUAUGAGCCUGUCUAUGGAGACCCCAAAAUAAUAGAAAUUGAGCUAGCUAAACAUAAGGUACUCCAGAAUGAUGUCAACUCACAUAUCCCAAGCCUAGAACAAGUGAAUGAAGCAGGCAGGGGUGUUAUCACUGGGGAAGGUGGAGCUGUUGCAACACACACUCGAGAAAAACUGGAUGAAAUGAACCUACGAUGGGAUGCAGUGUUGGCUCGCACACGUGAUCGUCAGCUAGAGCUGGAAGGUUCACUCAGGGUUGCUAUGGGUUUCCAUGGAGACCUACAGGAUAUGUUGUCAAGACUGAGUGACAUUGAUGGUCAAUUAGUUACAUCUAAGCCAGUUGGUGGUCUUCCUGAAACUGCAAGGGAUCAACUAGAACAAUUCAUGAAUGUCUACAAAGAGCUAGAUGAGUUAGAGCCUAGAGUGAAUGCCUUACUGGAAGAGGGUGCACGAUUGUUGGAACAGUCCACAGGUCCCGCCCACAACACCUUAAAACACAAUCUGGAAACCCUGCGGCAGAGAUGGACUAAUAUUAAAAAUCGGGGAGAUGAUAGAAAGAACAAACUGGAUGAGGCAGUUUCCCAGGCAGGCAAAUUCCAUGAUGAUCUCAAUGCAUUUAUAUCCUGGCUCACUGACACAGAGAAGACUAUUAACAACCUGAAACCAGUCAGUCGUAUAGUGGAGAGUGUGGGUGAGCAGAUAGAAGAACACAAGGAUCUUCAGAAGGACAUAAGUAGCAACAGAGAGACAAUGAUCCAACUGGAGAAGACUGGUACACAUCUGAAAUACUUCAGUCAGAAACAAGAUGUUAUUCUCAUUAAAAAUCUGUUAGUCAGUGUGCAGAGUCGCUGGGAGAAGGUUGUCUCCAGGUGUGCAGAUCGUACACGCUCUCUGGACACAGGCUACAAGGAAGCCAAACAGUUUUAUGACUCGUGGAAAGAUCUCUGUGAUUGGAUGGUUGAGAAUUCAGACAAUGUAGAAGGUGACCCCACUGUCGGGAAUGACCCCGAGAAGAUCAAAGCACAAUUAAUGCAACAUCGAGAAUUCCAACGUGCACUCGGGUCAAAACAACCUUCAUAUGACACUUGUAACCGUUUAGGACGGGCUUUGAAGGAGAAGUGCCCAAGGCACGAAGCACCAUUUAUCCAACAAAUGCUCAAUGAACUGAAGACCAAAUGGAACACUAUAUGUGGAAGGUCUGUUGACAGACAGAGGAAGCUAGAAGAAGCUUUGUUGUUCAGUGGUCAGUUCAAGGAUGCUCUACAAGCUCUAUUGGACUGGUUAUAUAAGGUGGAGCCAACUCUUGGAGAUGAUCAGCUAGUCAAUGGUGAUCUUGAUACUGUCAGUCGCCUGGUAGACGACCAUAAGGUGUUUGAGAGUGAGCUAGAAAAGCGUGCAAUCAGUGUGUCCACAGUGAGUAAGGCAGCCAAGGAGCUGAUGGAGAAGGCUGAUGAAGACACUGGCCAUCUGGAGACCCAGCUCAUUGAACUAACAACCAUCUAUGAUAAGGUUUCUAAACUCAGUGGAGACAAAAAGGCUCGUCUUGAAGAGGCUGAAAAGAAGGCUGAGAAUUUCCACAAGAAGAGCCACAAGUUAAUGGAAUGGAUGGCAGACACUGAGAUGAAGUUGAGAUACCAACAAGAAAUACCGGACUCACCACGGGAAUUGCAGGAAAUGUUAGAAGACCAUAAGAAUCUCUUAGCUGAGAUUAGCAAGCAAGAGUCUAAUCUGAAUGAGUCUAUGCAGCUUGGCCAGGACAUCCUAAAGCAGUGCCAUCCUGAUGCUGUACCUAUAGUGAAACAUUGGCUCACUAUACUCCAAGCCAGAUGGGAAGAGAUUAUGGACCGAGCCACUCAGAAAGAGCACAGACUGAUAGAUGCCCUGAAUGAGAUGAGAGGCAAUGAAGAGCUCUUGGAGCAGAUGUUGGCCUGGCUCACUGGGGCUCAGGCCACUCUACAGGCAGCUGAUGAACAACCCAUGCCUGAGGAUGUGCAAGUUAUUGAACAACUCCUUGGAGAACAUGCUGAAUUCCAAAAUGAGAUGUCAACACGUCAUCCUGAUGUUGAACGGCUCACCAAAACUGGUAAACGCCGCGCAUCAGUGGACUCUAGAUCUCAGACCCCCAUACUACACAGUGGGAGGAGAACCCCACAGAGAGGACUGGGGAUCAAGAGUCGAGGUGAUGGAGCUAGGACCCCAGAACCCCAGUUCAAGAACCCAAGGAUAAGUGGUCUGUUUAACAAGUGGCGCCAGGUGUGGCUAAUGGCUAUGGACAGACAGAGGAAGCUUCAAGAUGCAAUGGAAUAUCUCAAUGAGGUUGAAAAAAUGAAACAUUUUGACUUUGAUGACUGGCGAAAGAAAUACAUGACCUGGAUGAACCACAACAAAAGUCGCGUCAUGGACUUCUUUAGACGGCAAGACAAGGACCAUGAUGGCAAGAUCACGCGUCAAGAAUUUAUUGAUGGGAUAUUAGCAUCAAAGUUCCCAACUUCAAGGCUUGAGAUGGAGGCUGUUGCCGACAUAUUUGACCGUGAUGGUGAUGGUUUUAUAAACUACAAGGAGUUUGUAGGUGCCCUUAGACCUGACAGAGAUGUACGUAAGCCACAGACUGACCAUGAGAAGAUUGUAGAUGAGGUCAGAAAGCGAUGCUCUACAUGUACCUGUCAGAAACAGUUCCGCAUACACAAGAUAGGAGAGGGAAAAUACAGAUUUGGUGACUCACAAAAGCUCCGAUUGGUGAGAAUCCUGCGUAGCACUGUGAUGGUGCGUGUCGGUGGAGGCUGGGUGGCCCUUGAUGAGUUCCUCGUCAAGAAUGACCCAUGUAGAGCCAAGGGUCGCACCAACAUAGAACUAAGAGAACAGUUCAUCCUAUCAGACGGUGUGCAGGGUCAAUCAAUGGCAAGUUUCGUGUCUAAAGGUUCACCAGGGAGCUCAAAGUCUGGAGGUAGUCAAAGUGGAUUUUCAGGAACUGCCUCCUGGAGCAGCAGGUCCCCCAGUACUGUCAGUGGACCUAUCACUAAAAUUCGAGAAAAAACAACAUAUGGACAGCCAUGGAGACAGCAACGUUCCAUGCGAAGCCCCGAUACAGAGGUGAACCAAAUCAUGUCCCGUGGUCUGAUGAGUCCAACAGGCAGGAAGAGUCCUCGGGUAUCCUCAGGAUAUGGUCAGUCAUCUGGAUAUGGUCAAUCGUCAGGAUAUGGUCAGUCGUCAGGAUAUGGCCAUGCAAGAGAUUGUGCUUUAAAUAGCCCAUUGAGUACAACCAGUGCUAGCAGUAGUCGACCAGGGAGUCGGCCUGGAAGUCGACCAAGCAGCAGAGCUAGCAGCAUAUCAGAGGAACCUGAGGUUUACACAACAUUACAGUCUGAACGACGUAGUACAGGAGGACGUGGACAGACUAUUGGCACAUAUCAGACACAUGUUGUCCAAACUAGGACGUUAACUGUACCCACACAUACACCGUCUCGGACUUCUUCAUCAAAAAUACCAAAAGCAUCCCCUAAAAAGAAAUAAUUUAUUCAGUGCAUAUAAAACUUAAAAUGGUGUAUGUUAGUGUAAAUGGACAUGUAAAUGUGAUUUCUGAAUAGGUGAUAAUAAAUGCUAACAGAAGAGCAUCGGACCUGUCAUUACCUGGAAGUGUCACAGACAAAUGUAAUUACCAAUUUCGACAAAUAUAAUUUCAAUUUUGUACAUCAUGUAGUUGCUUAAUAUGGAAAAUAAUAAAAAAUGCUUGAAGUGUAUUGAAAUUAUUAUAGCCUACCGCAAUAUUUGACUGCAUGAUAAUAAAACAUAAUAUUAUGAAUUCAUUUUUUUUAACCUUGGUUUCACACGACUAAAAAUAAACGCAGAAAAUGUAAUUGUAUAUAAAUUGACUAUGCAGAGGUAUUAAAUAUUAUUUGCUGCUAACAUAAACAAGUUAGCUAGAUUUAGUUAGAAGCAUGAUGUACAAACAAAUUUUUAUGAUUUUUAUAUCAACUUACAAUUGUGUACACAGGUACAUUCGUAAGUAUGUAUUUCGAUGGAAUAGUAGAUGAAAAUAUUUUUACAUGAAAACAUUGCAGUAUCAUUUCGAAGAUUUGUUUUCCAUGAAUAGUGGAUUCUAUUGUUAUACAAUUGUUAAUUGUUGUGAAUUAUUUGUAGAAUGUAAAAUGUAAUGCGAUUCAUGUUGCUUUAUUUUGAAUUAGAAGGUUGCUUGGAUGUAGGCCUAUGAUGAAUUCAUCAAUUGUUAUUUAGAUAAGUUGAUAAAAAUGGAACAAAGGCUAAUCGGUGAUAAGUGAAUUUGAGUAGCCGUAUGGGUAAUAUGAAACAGGUCACUUGUCUGAACAAUUUUGUAUCAUUUCUUUAGAGAAAAGGUUAAUGCAUUACCUUUAUACAAUGGGGACUUGUAUAGAGAUAUUCCAUUAGUCUGGUUUACUGUAAUGCUACACAACAGUGAUUAAAACAGCAUUUGAGGUUAAAUAAGGGCAUCAACCCACAAAGGGGACAAGUGGGUGGAUUACCUUAUUCAAUUUCAAAUUACUCUGAUAACAUCAAAGCAGUGACCACACAUGCCACAGGGAAUUUUGAUUAACUGAAAAAAGGAUAAGGUAUAAUAAUUAAUUUUCCUCCAGGUGGAAUAUCAUAUAUUCAACAGGGACUUGGGUGUUGAUGUUCCAUUUGGAAGAGUGAAUAUCCUGUUGGUUAUCUUGUUUCAUACUAUUGUCAAGGGAACAAAAGGUAGCAUACAUACUGACAUACACUUAUCACGACUAGUUUUCACUGAGGCAAAAUUGAUUUAGAUUUUUUGAUUUAGUUUAGUAAAGAAAUGAAAUCUUAUCAUAGCAAUGAAAUAUUAUACAAUAGAGUAGAAUAAGAAUAUAUGAAUGUGAUUGUCCAACACAGAUGUAUAUGUGUUUUCUAUAAAUGGGGACUUUAUUUUGAACACAUAAGACAUUGUACUUUUAUUAUACUUAUGGUGCCAGCUAUGAGUUGUGAAGGAUUUGUAAAUCAUUUGUAGUACCAGUUACUUUUAGUAUAAUAUUUCUCAUAUGUUUUCUGUGAAUUAGUAAAGAAGUUGCUUAUUAUAUAAAGUAACAUGAACCAAUAUAUUGUUAAUGCUAUACAUGUAUGUAAGAUAUUUUCUAAAGGUUGUAAUAUAUUAAAGUGAAUGUUCUAAAAGUGUACAUGUAUAUGAAGCUGUGAUGUAAAUUGUUCUAGGUGGUGUCAAACACAAACACACCUCUGUGUACUUAUCUGCUUAAUUUAACAUUUAUUUAUGCAAAAUACAAAAUAACAUGUCUAUCAGAAGUUUUAUUUAUAUAUUAGGGCUAGCGAUAUAGGAAGGUUAAUAAUAUUAUUUAUAAUCAUAGCAUCUAUUUUAGUUGCACAUUUGACCAAUGUGGGGACAACGACUCAUGCAUUGAUGUAGCUCAUUCAUUAAUGCUGCUCACAUUCUAUUAUAAUACAAUAUAUUCAUAUCAUUUAUCACACUUAGGCCAUCUCACAUACUUAAGCCAUGGUGUUGUGUUCUUAAAAUAGAUUAUUAUCUUCUUUAAAUCUAUAAAGCAAAAGCAAAAUUUGAUGUAAUUAUCAUUUAGAACAGUCUAGCACACAGACCCAAUGUUUUCAAGGCAUAUGAUCCUGUGUGCUACACUGUGUUUAAAAAUCUAGAUUCGUUCACAUUAUUUGAGUGUGAAUUAGUCAAAUAUUUGCAUUGUAUUUCAUCUUUGCUUUGCUUGUAGUGGUCUAUAACAUAAAAUAUAUAUGGUAUUUUAUACAUUAUAGUGCAUUUGUCUACCAGACAAAUGGUUCAUGGAAUAAACAUAUAAAACUAAGCUCAUAAA